CAUUGCCGAGCUGCUAAUCACAAGCUCUGAAACAAAACAGCACUUCACUUCGGGAUCUGGGCAAGAUCAGAGCUCGCUGCUCGCUCCCUCUCUCUCCCUCCCUCUCUCUCUCGGAUCUCGCAGCUUUCAGCCUCUCUCUCUUUCUCCCCAUGCUGGGGAGAACUCGCAGGGUAAAACUGACAGAGGCUGCGGUUUUGUCAGAGUCUUGCUGGCUUGCUUGUUUUCUCCAGAGACAAGGGGGGUAUUUCCUAGCCAUCCUUUCCAACCUGUUCAUGUUGUGAGCCGCAGCAGCAGCAGCACCACAAAAAGUUGUUGGGAGCACCGAGGAUGGGACUUCAUUUACAACCCUUCGCUUUGCACUUUCUGGCUUUGACUUUUCCCUUAGUGGCGCUGGGUUUCUCUGAUGAAACCUUAGAGAAAGCCACGAAAUCAGAAGGAUAUUGCAGCCGGAUUCUGCGAGCCCAAGGCACCAGAAGAGAGGGAUAUAAUGAAUUUAGCCUGAGAGUAGAAGGCGAUCCUGAAUUUUACAAGCCUGGAAACAAUUACAGGGUAACCCUUUCUGCUGCCACUCCAGCCUACUUCCGUGGAUUCACACUGAUUGCUCUGAAGGAGGGCAAAGAGGGAGACAAAGAAGAAGAUCAUGCAGGAACUUUUCAGAUUAUAGAUGAAGAAGAAACACAAUUCAUGAGUAAUUGUCCUGUUGCUGUUACUGAGAGUACGCCAAGAAGACGGACACGGAUUCAUGUUUUCUGGACAGCGCCUCCUGUUGGUACAGGCUGUGUAAUUCUGAAGGCCAGUAUUGUGCAGAAGCGAAUUAUUUAUUUUCAAGAUGAGGGCUCUCUUACCAAGAAACUAUGUGAACAAGACUCAACCUUUGAGGGGGUGACUGAUAAACCAAUCUUAGACUGUUGUGCCUGUGGAACUGCUAAAUACAGGCUAACUUUUUAUGGAAACUGGUCAGAGAAGACGCAUCCAAAAGAUUAUCCACGACGAGCUAAUCAUUGGUCAGCAAUCAUUGGUGGUUCUCACUCCAAGAACUAUGUCCUUUGGGAAUAUGGAGGAUAUGCUAGUGAAGGUGUUAAACAAGUUGCAGAGUUGGGGUCCCCAGUAAAAAUGGAGGAAGAAAUUCGACAACAGAGCGAUGAGGUUUUAACUGUCAUCAAGGCGAAAGCACAGUGGCCUGCCUGGCAACCGCUAAACGUGAGAGCUGCUCCCUCUGCUGAAUUUUCUGUGGACAGGACUCGUCACCUGAUGUCUUUCCUUACCAUGCUAGGCCCCAGUCCUGACUGGAAUGUAGGCUUGUCAGCUGAAGACCUUUGUACCAAGGAUUGUGGCUGGGUUCAGAAAGUCGUUCAGGAUCUGAUACCAUGGGAUGCUGGUACCGACAGUGGGGUUACCUAUGAGUCACCCAACAAGCCUACAAUUCCUCAAGAGAAGAUAAGACCACUAACGAGCCUUGAUCACCCUCAGAGUCCCUUUUAUGAUCCAGAAGGAGGGUCUAUAGCAGUGGUGGCCAGAGUUGUCAUUGAGAGAAUUGCACGAAAGGGAGAGCAAUGCAAUAUCAUCCCUGAUAAUGUAGAUGACAUUGUAGCAGAUCUUGUUCCAGAAGAGAAAGAAGAAGAUGACACCCCUGAGACUUGCAUUUACUCAAACUGGUCCCCAUGGUCAGCCUGCAGCUCCUCCACUUGUGAUAAGGGCAAGAGGAUGAGGCAGAGAAUGCUUAAAGCCCAGCUGGACCUCAGUGUGCCUUGUCCCGAUACCCAGGAUUUUCAGCCAUGUAUGGGCCCAGGCUGUAGUGAUGAAGAUGGUUCCACUUGCAUGAUGUCUGAAUGGAUUACAUGGUCCCCCUGUACUGUUUCUUGUGGAAUGGGAAUGCGAUCUAGAGAGAGAUAUGUGAAACAAUUUCCUGACGACGGCUCGAUGUGCAAAGUACCUACUGAAGAAACUGAGAAAUGUAUUGUAAAUGAGGAGUGUUCUCCUAGUAGUUGCCUUGUGACAGAAUGGGCAGAGUGGAAUGAAUGCAGUGCUAGCUGUGGAAUGGGAAUGAAAAAGCGACAUAGAAUGAUUAAGAUGACUCCAGCUGAUGGAUCCAUGUGCAAUACGGAAACUACCGAGGUGGAGAAAUGCAUGAUGCCAGAGUGCCAUACCAUUCCCUGUAUGCUCUCCCUUUGGUCUGAAUGGAGUGACUGCAGUGUCACUUGUGGGAAGGGGAUGAGGACCCGGCAAAGGAUGCUGAAAUCUGCAGCUGAGCUUGGAGACUGUAAUGAGGAGCUGGAGCAAGUGGAGAAGUGCAUGCUUCCAGAGUGCCCCAUUGACUGUGAAUUAACCGAGUGGUCCAAGUGGUCUGAAUGCAAUAAAUCCUGUGGAAAAGGUCAUAUGAUCAGGACAAGAAUGAUUAAAAUGGAACCACAGUUUGGAGGAGCUCCAUGCCCAGAAACUGUCCAACGUAAAAAAUGCCGAAUAAGAAAAUGUUUGAGAGGUCCAGGUCUAGAGAAAAGGCGGUGGAAAGAAGCCCGUGAGAAAAGAAGAAGUGAACAUGCCAAGGAAGAUGUAGAUGGUGAGCUGUAUCCAGGUUGUAAGAUGAGACCAUGGACUGCUUGGUCAGAAUGUACCAAACUGUGUGGUGGUGGAAUUCAGGAACGCUUCAUGACCGUAAAGAAGAGGUUCAAAAGCACUCAGUUUACCAGCUGCAAAGACAAGAAGGAGAUAAGAGCAUGUAAUGUUCACCCUUGUUAGCAAAACCCGAGGCUGCAAAGUGAUGGAGUCUGAGCUAAAUGGAAAGUCAACCAUGGUUUUGAUUUUAAAAAAAUAUAUAUAUAAAUGGUGUAUAUUAGUCUUCAUUUUUGCAGUGUGGGUUGCUUAUUAGUCUUGCUGGUGCAAGAAAUAUAUUUUAUAAAUAUUUCCUCACAAAUAUAUGCUGAGAGUGACUCCUUGAUACUCCAGCUAGCCCUUAAUGCAUAAAACUAGUAAGUCAUUGUGAGUCAUUUAACUCUGAAAUAAAAACAUCUCUGUGGAUAUGCAAUAGCCAUAUAGAAAUAUUCCCUGUACAGACAUGGGGUGCAUGCAUAUUAACGUAACUAAGUUAAAGUGACAUGUUUCACGCGUGGAAGGAAUUGUCUCAUUUGAUUUGAUUUCAAAAUAUCCAAAGCAGGGCCUAUGUGCUUACACAACUGUGCCAAGGAAUAAUUUCAGUAAUGCUGGUUCAAUAAUAUUAAAGGUGCAUAUUAUCUCUUCCUACCAUGAGGGUUAAACUGGUAUUGGAUAAUUACUAUCCUAUACAUUUUUCUUCAUGAGGAUCCCCUUAUUUCCUUAAAAAACUCAAAUACAUAGGCAUCAGUAUGGAUAGCUCAGUAACAGUGUCUGCUCAAUGAGCAGUGGUGAUAAAAAAAAACCACACACACACACACACACACAC